GCCGAUAGACAGACAGCGAUAGAAGCUACUCCGACAAUCGGCCGGCUAUCGGGCAGGCUGGCAAAGAUGCCGGCCGUACUUGAGCCUUCAGCUUCAGCUCCAACUCGUGGUUGCAAUUCAAGGCGUGUAAAUAAUCCGUGGUAAUAAUUCGACCAGUCAGUCACAAAUAUCUAGAUUUUACCUCGUUUUCCCGUUAAUACGUUUUUUAAACUAAUAAACGGUGCGUUCCGUCGUCUGUGCGAAAACAUUCUAUAUAAAAGUUGCUUUAAAAUAUCACAUAUAUCCAUUUGUCAAGUUUGUAAUAAUUAUAAUUUAUUUAAUCAUACAUAUGCUAAUAGCUUUCUUAUUUCACAUACUCUAACUUAAUCUUUAUUUUCAUCAGUUUCAGACACCACCUACUUAGUGCUCUCUCUAUUCUAAAAUAAGUGCAGCCUUUAGUUUAAAUUUGAAUAUCUGUAUUUAUUUUGAAAAGAAUGUACGACUAUAAAGCGAUGUUUUUGUUCAGACUAAUUAUUACUCCAGUUCGAUACAAAGACGAUGACCCGCACUAGUCAAGUCUUUUCUGAUGCAGAAACUUUCAGGACGAUAUUGUUGUUGCUUGGUGCAAACGAAUAAAAAGGCAGCUUAUCAGCAUGUUCGAUGUCUCUAUGUAUAGGAGGUAUUCAUCGUAUGGUCACAGGAGUAUCUGAGGGACAGGGAAAGUACGUAGCAUAAUACAUGGCUUGCUCUUUACUUUCAGGCCAUCCGAUGGGAGCCUUAGUACUUGUGGCAACCAGCCUGAUGCUGCUGAUACUACAGCAUAGUGGUGCAUCUGACGGGGCUAGGGCUGGGUCUGGAAGUAUCUGGCAGCCCCAGCCCGAUUGUCCAGCUCCAGCGAAGUGCGGCAACGUCAACAUUCCCUACCCGUUUGGCAUAAGAGAAGGUUGCUUCCGACCGAAGGGCGGCUUUAAUAUCUCAUGCAAGCAAGAACAAGCUUAUAUUGGACCGGACAUUAGGGUCACGAAUUUUGAUGUAGUCCAGAGUGAGGCUCGCAUCCUGACCGAUAUACCAUCAGGGACGGUAGCAUGGAAGUACAACAAUGAAUUUGAUCCAAUUGCAUGGACGUCCAGAGGAGGAUUACGACUUGGUAAUCACCAUAUGGUUUCCAGCGCCAAGAACAGAUUCACAGCAAUCGGGUGUUCAACUGUUGCAUUCAUCUACGGCAGAGACAAAAAUGGUAGCAAUGGACAGUUUGAUCAGUUCACCAGCUUAUGUGGAUCGUUCUGCUUCGACGAGGGUAGCAUCGAAGACGGCCCAGAGUGCUCCGGCAUGGGUUGUUGCCAAGUCCCCAUUUCAACCAACCUUAGGAGGUUCAGUUUAGGAUUCUAUAAUUAUAACACAACCAAAAAAGUUCUUAAUUUUAGUUCACGCAGCUAUGCGUUCGUGGUCGAGAAGGAUCAAUUCAAGUUCAAGAGUUCCUAUGCCAAAGCAGACAAUUUCAUGGAGGAGCUCGCUCGUGGGAUUCCUAUAAUUCUCCAGUGGAUUGCUGGUAAUGAAACCUGCAAGGAAGCAGCCCUGAAGGAGUCGUAUGCUUGCGUUGCCAAUAACAGCAAAUGCAUCGAUGUGAUAGAGGCGCCCGGGUACAGAUGCAACUGCACCCAAGGUUACGAGGGAAAUCCCUACCUCAAAGACGGCUGCCGAGACAUCAAUGAGUGCAACGCCACAAGAUUCCCGAAUUCUUGCAAGGGCAUCUGCACUAACACCGAUGGGAGCUACGACUGUAAGUGCCCACUAGGAACUCACAGCGAUGAUCCAAAGAACAAGGAAUGCGUCCCACAAGUGAAGCUGGUCAUUGGUAUUUGCAUCAGCAUCAUCUUCCUCAUCAUCUGUAUCUCCACUCUGCUGAUCAAGAUUCAGAGAAUGAAGCUGGAAAAAGAGAAGCAGAGGUUCUACGAUCAGAACGGUGGCCACAUAUUAUACCAGAAAAUUAUCUCAGGGCAAGUCAAUACAGUGGAAAUAUUCACAGAAGAGGUACUAAAGAAUGCGACCAACAACUUCGACAGCGGACAAAAGCUUGGCGCCGGUGGUCAUGGCAUUGUCUACAAGGGCAUUCUCAGGGACAACAAUGUCGUCGCCGUGAAGCGCUCCAACUUCCUCCACGUGACAGACGCCGAGGAAUUCGUGCAGGAGAUCAUCAUGCUCUCGCAGAUCAACCACCGGAACGUGGUCAGGCUCAUCGGCUGCUGCCUGGAAGUUGAAGUGCCCAUACUGGUCUACGAGUUCAUCUCCAAUGGCACUCUCUCCUACCUGAUCCAUGGCGAUAGCAGGCGGUAUGCUUCACUGAAACUUCGUCUUAGGAUUGCUCAAGAAUCAGCUGAAGCAUUGGCAUACCUGCACCUGUCGACGAACCGGCCUAUCAUCCAUGGCGACGUGGAGUCUCUGAACAUUAUGCUCGAUGAUAGCUACACGGUGAAGGUGACCGACUUCGGGGCAUCACGGUGGCUGUCCAAUGAAGCUGUCGAGCAAAUUGCGAUGGUGCAGGGAACCCGAGGGUACCUGGAUCCGGAGUACCUGCAGGAGAGGAAGCUGACGGAGAAGAGCGACGUGUACAGCUUCGGCGUCGUGCUGCUGGAGCUGAUCACUGGGAAGAAGGCGAUCUACCGCCACGAUGGCGAUGGCGACUUCGAGAGCCUCGCAGGAUCGUUCCUGCGGGCGAUGGAGGAGAGGGUGGAGAACAUCUUGGACACAAGCUUGGCUGGUGCCAGCAUGGAGGCGCUGCCCCUGCUCCAGGAGGUCGCCAAGGUGGGGAGUAUGUGUCUGAGCGCCAAGGGGAAGGAGAGGCCAUCCAUGGCGGAGGUGACCGACAUGUUGAAAGCUGUAAGAAUUGCGUGGAGGGAUCUUCUGGUUUCAUCGGAGUACAACGUGACGGAGGUUUUCGUCGACAGUUCAGAAGCUCCUCCAUCUGGCAACCCAUCUUCCGCUGUGUUCUGGACGCCGGACAUGCAGUCUCUAGAAGUUGAAACUUUGAGGUGAUGUUUACAGUCUAGACUGUUUGCAGAUAUUCAGAGUUGCAUUGUCUGCAGACGAGUUGCAAAGGUGUUUGUUCUUGUUAUAAACUAUUCCUAUGUGGUUUUCGUGACUGUUCUAGCUGUCAAUUCUCAGGUUUGCUAUCUCAAAAUGGCUAUUACUUAGCUUUGCCAGCAAUGAUUUUAGUAGUCUCAAGUGUAACAGUAGAGUAAAGCAUACAUUGAUAUCUUUCAAACAGGUUUCAGAUGGCAUAAAGUAUUCAGAAUAUGAUAUAGUAAUUAAGUUGCC